UGACUCUGGGUUUUUUUGCUCAGGUGUUGGGAGGGAAGUGUUGGGACCAGAGGAGGGGGGGCGAGAGGGAGCGGGCGGACCGAGCCUCAGUGGGAGCGGGUCAUGACUGCAGCUUGAUGCCGAUAGCUGCGAGCAGGACGCUGACAGAGAGGAGCCACCGAGGACACAGGAUGGGGACGUGCUGGAAGCGUUCAGAGGAGGGCCGGCCCACGGAUGGAGGUCCAGAGUCGUCCCGCUUCCCCUGGAAGGCGUUCUGGAUCCUCUCAGCACUUCUGCUCCUGGCUGCCGUUGCUCUGGGCCUGGCCGGGCACCUCGCUCUGGUUGGCUCUGGGUCUGAGUCUGUGCAGACGGUGAGAAUCACGGCGCCGGGUCAACCCGGAGUCCCACUCAACCAGUCAGCCGUGGUGGACCUGCAGAACGAGCUGGUGACGUUCUCCAUCGCCUCGCCAGGAAACCAGACGUCCACGGUGCUGUUUGACGUCAGACACGGCCUGAUCUGCUACCAGCCUGUGGACCGGGACAGCUGCUUCCUGCAAACCAUGGAGCAGUCCGACUACGACCACGUGGGCUCCCUCCUCAAGAGAAACACUCGGCGGUCUGGGAACGAGACGCAGAGGCGGACGCAGUUCCUGGGAGUGCUGGCGGCCAGCCAGGUGGACGCGGCGUCCCUGGAGGAGCCUCUCUGGACCCUGUGUCAGGACAGGUCCGUCCACUGGACCCGGAGGACCGACGGCCCAGGCGAGCAGAGGCUGGUCUACUUCUGCAUCGACAUCUGCUUCCCCAGCAACAUCUGCGUGUCUGUGUGCUUCUACUACCUGCCUGAGUGACUUCAGAGUGAACUAGUGGAGCUGCCAUCUCUCAAAGACGGAAAACACUGAAGAGGAAGUCUUCACCCCCCCCCCCCCUUCAUGUAAUACGCCCCCUGGUGGCACAAGUUGGAGAUUCCAGAUAAAAUCCUUUUCUUGUUUAGACUGGAGCGUAAUUAUUUGCAUUCACUGUCGUAGCGAUGUUUUUACCUAAUAAAACACAUAAUGUG